AUGUUAUUUUUUCAGAAGCUAUCAAGAAAAGGAUCUAAUGCAUCAACCGGUUCGAUAAUUGAUUCUGAACAUAGCAAAAAAUUGUUGCAAAGAAAUAAUUCAGAAGUGAAAAUUGAGGCGAUUUUCAAGGAACUGUUUUCGCCAGAUGCUGUUAUUGUGGAUACUUGUGCACCGGAUAUUUUGACGUUAGUUUUGAGAUUUGAAAAACAAAACAGUUACUGGUCAAUGAUAGAAAAAUCAAGCAUCCAGAUUUUUCUUUUUUUGCAGAUGUUUGACUCAACCUGAAGAAACCGAAAAAGAUCUUCGAAACCACGGAAAAUUCGUUGUAAAGCGUGAAACUUCAUUGCUCAAAUCGCCCCGAAAAGAAGCCAAGCCAAAAAUGUCUCGAUCUCCAACACCAACCAAACCACGAGCUCAAACAAUUCCAAAAAAUGUAGACGAGAAAAAUUUGCAUCUUCGAAAAAAUCCAAUUCCAUUGCGGAAGAAGAAAUAA